AUGAACGCGCUAAGUUUGAUUGUGUUGUGUAUACAAGUAUGUGGGGUGUAUCCUGCACCCUUGCAGUUACUUUUCAACCCUUAUCAGAGGAUUUUGAUGCCACCGCAGCAAAAUUUACAGCAACAGUUACUAGAACUGCAAGUAUUGCAGCAAAUGAACUCCAUAGCUUCUAUGGGAAUGAGCAAUCCCCAACCUCUCCUAGUUUUUCUACCAAACGAUCAAAUAAACAUGAACGCAGGUAUAAAAGAUAAAAUUGAUAAUAAUCAGAUCGAAAAUAUGCAGAAAACGAACGAGCAAACGAAUGUGAAAGGAGAUUCAGAUUCAGUAGUUAUAGAUGCUGAGCCUAUACCAGUUCUUGAAGAUCAGAAGGCAUAUCUAGUUCUACCAAGUGGAAGAUUUUCUAUCGGUGAUUUUAUAUCUUCGAUUCCAUUUUUACCUAUCGAAAUAAAUGUCCCAGAUACAAUAUCGUGGGCUUACGACGGCAUUGCAAGUGGGAUAUCAGGAAUAAUUUCAAUAAUUGGACAAAGACUUCCUGGACCAUUUAAAAGACCACCAACUGAUGGAACAAUGCCCCCUAAUUUGAGGACAGUGAUAAAUAACUUGCAGAUGAACAAAAAACAAAAUAUGCUAAGGCCAAUUGUUAUGAUGCCAAUAGGUGAUUUUACAAGGUCAAUGGUACCAAUGCAAUUA